AUGGCCGACCUAGGGAAGAAGUACUGCGUGAACUGCUUGGCAGAUGUUACGAAUUUGCGGAUUCGCUGUGCCGAAUGUCAAGAUAUUGAACUUUGUCCGGAGUGCUUCUCGGCGGGCGCCGAAAUCGGCAACCACAGACGAUGGCACGGCUAUCAGCAAGUGGACGGCGGGCGCUUCUCGCUCUGGGGUCCCGAAGCAGAGGGAGGAUGGACCAGCAGGGAAGAGCAGUCGCUGCUCGAUGCCAUCGAGCAAUAUGGAUUUGGAAACUGGGAGGAUAUGGCAGCCCAUGUUGGUGCAUCACGCACCCCUCAGGAGGUCAUGGACCACUACGUGAGCAUGUACAUUCAUGGAAAUCUUGGAAAAGCUUGCAUCCCUGACAGCAUCCCUAACCGCGUGACAGACCACACUUGCCCCAGCGGAGGUCCUCUGUCACCUAGUUUGACAACCCCAUUGCCCCCCUUAGACAUAACAGUGGUGGAGCAGCAGCAGCUUGGAUAUAUGCCGCUUCGUGAUGACUAUGAGAUCGAGUAUGAUCAGGAGGCAGAGAAACUCAUCAGUGGACUCUCUGUGAACUACGAUGAUGAAGAUAUUGAGAUUGAAAUGAAGCGAGCCCACGUGGACAUGUACGUGCGUAAGCUGCGCGAGCGGCAGCGCCGCAAAAACAUCGCUCGAGACUACAAUUUAGUGCCAGCUUUUCUGGGACGGGACAAAAAAGACAAAGAACGAGAGCGAGCAGGUGGGACAGUAGGGGUUGGGGCUCCAGGUGGAGCUGUGGGAUCAGGGAGCGGUGUCACCAUCGUUCCAGCAGGGCCGCUGGGCUCCGCUGCAGCAGCGACACCGAAACGAAAAAUCACCAAGGAGGAGAAAGAGCAGCGGACCAAACUACGUGCCCUUUGUCAGUUCAUGCCACAACGUGAGUUUGAAGAGUUUUUUGAUAACAUGCACAAAGAGCGGAUGCUCCGAGCAAAGGUUCGGGAGCUUCAGCGGUAUCGGCGGAAUGGCAUUACAAGACUCGACGAGUCGGCAGAGUAUGAGGCGGCACGCCACAAACGGGAAAAGCGGAAAGAGAAUAAAAGUAUUGCCGGGUCAAAGAGAGGAAGCAGUGGUGGUGGAGGAGGAACAGCUGGUCUUGGAGGAGGUGUUGGAACAGGAGGUGGGCUUGGCGGAGGCGGAGGAGUCAGUGCCAUCAAAGAGGAAGGGAAGGACAGUGAGUUUUCAGCCAUUGAGAACCUGUCUGGAUUUGAGCUGCUAUCCGAUAGGGAGAAGGUACUGUGCAACUCCAUGAACCUCAGUCCCAUGCGUUAUCUGACUGUUAAGACUAUCAUCAUCAAAGAUCAUCUACAGAAAAGGCAGGGCAUUCCCUCCAAAAGCCGCUUGCCCAGUUACCUGGACAAGGUGCUGAAAAAACGGAUUCUGAAUUUCCUUUCGGAGAGCGGCUGGAUAUCCCGAGAAGCCUCCUAAUGACACUGUCCACAGAGCUAGCUGUAUGAAUAAUGGCUGUAAAUAUAUUUUUCUACUGUUUUAUACUGAGACUAAGAAAAGCAUGUGAGAACAAAAUGACUGUUGGUGCCGCACUACUGGACGUGGUCUAAAAUGUCUGUCUUUGAUCUCGAAUCUCAUCAUAGGAACGGAAACAUGGAAAAAUUGUACUUCAGUACUUAAAGGGAACUUUGCGUAUGUUGUCCUGUGUAAUACAUCAUAAUGCAACAACAACAAAAAAAACAUUUCCCGGUUUUGUAAUGCCUUUGGUUUGAAUGUUUUUGAGUGGCGCUCGAAUGUUUCUUGCCAACAAAAUAUUAUACAAAGCAGUUAUUUGAAACUGGUUCAGAGUUUAUGGUUUUGUAAUAAGGACAGAUUGUUGUCCUGCUUGCCAAAAGUCUCACACUAACCUGAAUUUGCCUGUUUCAGUUGAAUAAUAUAUUCUGUUUUUGUCAAUUUUGGGAAUGUGAGACCCAUGAAGCAUGCUCGAUAUUAUCUAAACGUCAGAUGUUCAAGUUUGAUUAUGAUUUUGUUCGUGGAGUUGACCUUUGUGAGGUUAUGUUACUAUAGCUUGUUUUAUUGAGCAUGUUUCAGAAGCUCGAGUGAAAUGGCACACAACCAGGCUGAAGUAUUAGUUUGAUGACUACAUUAAGUUCUGAUCUCCAAGUGAGAACAUUUGCCACGAUGUUCCUGUUUCAAGAGGGUAUUAUUUUUAUUUGUGAUGGAUAAAGCUAAAAUACAUAAAGGCUUGUACAUCUGAAAAUGUACGUUCUUCCAAGCUGAAACUAUGUUACAACUACAUACACACAAAAAAAUGUCUCAAUCAUCAUGCAGUACCAAAACCUAGAGUACAAACCUAUUUUUCCAUGAAUAUUAAUGUUGUUAUUGACUGCUUGCGUCUACCCCAAAGCUGAAGAAAACUAAGAAAAGCACUGUUCACAGAGGCCAAUGCAAAGGUUUAAAAUAUUUAGGUUUUUAAAAAAUGUUUAAUAUAUUAAGAGUCAAGUAGAAUAGACAUGCUCAGUAUAACUUUUAGACAUUGAUUUUAUGUAUGCGAUAUUGGAAAUAUUUGUUUAAAAUGGUCGUCUACGUUUGAUUAGCCUGCUGUUUGUGCCUCAGGCAUGACACAAAGUCCCAAAACUGACAUUCAUAGUUGAGCAAGUUAUGUGCCUUUUUCCCCUGGUAGAUGCUUUUUAUUUCCUUCUCUUGAAAGUGACAUUUUAAUAUCAAACCGUAUAGUACCGCAUCAAACAUAUUUAAGCUGUUGCAUUUCUUGUUUUAAAUUCAUUUUUCUACGAUAGAUCUGACUCCACAGAUGGACUACUCCAUGCGACAGUUUGCAGCUAUGAAGAGUCUUUGCUAAUGAAACUAGGAAUAAGAUUACGGGGAGAGGUGUUUUUUUUUUGUAUGGUGUUUUGUUUUUUUUCACUGCCUUUGUUUUAUUUGUAUUGAGCAGCUUUCGUUUCUAGAAAGGGUUAGUCUUCAGGGUGCUUAUGGUUAUAGGAAACGGGAUUAUUGAUCAAAGUACCCAAGGCAUUCUUUUAGAGUUAAUUUUGCUAACAAUUUGUCAAUUCUGAGGAAAAAUCAAUCAGUUUAGGGUUAAUAUUUACAUGUCAAUAAUAAUAAUUCCGUAUCAAAACUAUUUCAGAUAGUGUAAUUAUUUUUCUAAUGUAAGUGGGGAUAUGCUAAUGACAACAGAAAGACACUAUUGGAAGUACAUGUUUAAAAAUAUUUUUUUAUAGAGAAUGACAUUUUUAAAAUAAUCAGAGGCGGCUUUUUUUGUUUAGUUGUGACAUGAAUGUUCUCUGGUAAAACAGUCCAUUUUGGAAGGACCCUAUUUGUGAAAAUGUUGAGUAUGUGGAAGUCUUUUACUCCAUAUGUCAUGUUCUUUCCAAUUUUGUAUUAAAGUGUUGAACUUUGA